CCGCAGCAGUAUGUGGAUUUGAAGCUGAAAUUGAUGGAAAGAAAAAGGUUAAAGGAAUAGUUAAAGAUGCAAAACAGGCCGCGCAAGAAUAUGAUGAGGCUAUUCAACAAGGUCAUGGGGCUUAUCUCCUUGAAGAACAACUCCCAGAUGUUUUCCAAUGCUCCAUCGGCAAUAUCACGGCUGGCCAAACGAUUGUUAUUAGAAUUACAUACGUAACCGAAUUAAAACAUGAUGCUGAAUCUGAAAAAGUUCGAUUUGUUUUUCCUACUGCCAUUGCUCCACGAUAUGGUUCAUCUGGUUAUUCUCCUGCAAAUGAUGGAAAAAAACUUAUUCCUGAUGAAGUAUCUUAUGCAGGAAAGACUGACUAUUACUUAGAUCUUACUAUUACUUGUAGAAUGACUUCUGUUAUUCAAAACAUUGAAUCACCAUCUCAUCAUAUUUCAACCGAAUUAAAUAUUGAUGGUAAUCCGAAUGUUUCAAAAAUUACUCUAGCUGAACAAAUUACUUAUUUAGAAAAAGAUUUUAUACUUGUUGUUAAAAGUCUUGGUCUCGAUCAACCAAGGGCUUUCAUAGAAUAUGACUCUAAAACAGAAACUAAUUGCGUUAUGCUAACUUUAGUACCAAAGUUUGCUAUUAAUGAAAUAAUGUCAGAAUUAAUUUUUGUAAUUGAUAGGUAA